AGGUCACUAAAUUGAUCAUUUAUUCCUUCUGACUAAAACUAAAGGCACUCGAAGCCAACAGCAUACAAAGAAAACUCUGUGAGAAAAACAAGCCCUCUUGAAAGUUAAAUACAACACCUUUGAGGGAAAUGUCAAGAAAUUCAACACCAAUUUUCCCACCGAUGAAUCCAUCGUAUGCCCAUCCUUUGACGAGAUGAAAAGCCUAUCCCUGUAUAUGACCCACGCUAGUGAUGAACUACGCCGGAUUGGGAGAGAAUGUUGACAAUCCUUUGCCAAGGCCUGUUCUACAGAUGAUGAUCCAGACAACGAGACGAAUAAGUGGAUCAUUGGUGUUGUGCGCUCAAAGGUAACACUGCCAGCUGAUCGAUUGAAAAAAAGUAGACAAGUGCUGCGCAGUCUCCAUUUGCGUAUUGAACAAGAACUGGCUCGUUUGAUGAUUUUCUGGAACUGGUCAGCGAAUGCACAUGCAGAGAUCCUUGAUGCUGUUCCACUCGACGAGGACGAAGAGGCAGAGUUGUUUCUGAAUCUUUGGGACGGUGAUGAUAUUAGGGUUGAUCCCGAUGAAGAAGACGAGGAGAUUGAAAUUGAUGGUGGGGACAAGUUUGAUGAGGCGAUUGACUUGGAAGGUGGCGAGCUUAGAGGUGUGGAGGUUCAACCAGAAGGAGUUGGGGUCGACGCUCAAUAAAUGUAUUGUAUUUGAGUCAAAAGCUGUUGUAUGACGAGUUGAAAGCUGUU